GGAGGGAGAAGCAUGGGGGACCCUCCUGAUCUAGAGUCUGUAUGGAUUAAAGACACAGGCACUCGCAGAAACACAUGCGCACCAUACGAACCCUUCUGAGCGAUGAUGUUAUGGUUGUUGUUGCUCAUCGUUCCGUCUGUGUGUCACGGCGAACAACGUGAGUGCAGUCUGAUGGUUCACAGUCACACCGUUUCCCUCGGUUGACAAUCUGCCUGCUUGUGCGUCCUUGCAGAUCAUCAAGAUCUCUCAGUUUUUGUACCUCCGCACCCGGUGGUCCACAAGAGCACCUCAGGUACGUACGGCUGUGGCAAGUCAGAGCUGCAGCCAUCAGUCGAAGACGGGAUCUGCAGACAGACUUCACACAGCGACACCAUGCACGAGCACCAGACGGCUGACAAAUAACGUGCAUUGUAUGCGUGUGCGUCAAAGGUCCGCGACUGCGAGGUGUAUCGACGUUCAAGCCGGCCGAUGCGCUUAUGCCAUAUGCCACAGGUACCUAAGAUAGAUGGUAUGUUUGACGCACUGCGCGCGCGAACGCUUCGUUUUGUCCCCUCUAGUAUCACCGAUUGUGCAUCGGCACAAGGUAUGUGAUCCACGAAGCCACUUCCACGCGUGCAUACUCUACGCGUGCCCGUGUACGUUUCAGGCGUCACCGUCUGCGUCGCUGGUGCCUCUCUUCUCAGAAGCGGAGGGCAAACCACAGGUAUGUGCCUGACGUGGAUGCCAACUCGCACCCCCAAAUGCCCAUGAAAGCACCUCUGGCUGUGAUGUGUGUCUGUCGACCCAUCUGUCCGCCAGGAGGGAAGCCCUCCCCCCGACGACAACACCACUCCUGCUCCUGCUGCAGGGAAGAAGCCUGAUGUUGGUGAGGAGGGGGGAGGGAUGGCAGGGCUCGCUCUCUGCAUAAUGUGUUCGGCCUGAUUGGCUGUGUCGGUCGUCCUGUUUGCUCGCUACGUGCAGCUUCGGCCGAUGUGGACGCCUUAUUCGCCCGUUUCGAGGAGUACAUGAACAGGAAGAUCGAGGAGGUGAUCGAGAAGGAGCGGCAGGAGCUCGAGCAGGAGCUGGACAGCUUCAAGCAGCAGCAAAAGGAGGAGUGGUGGGAGUUGAAGGAGAUGCUCGACGAUAGUUUCACCUUUUCCAUCGAAAACAUCAAACGGAGGAGUGCAAGCCGGCCCUUUAAAUAA